UACUGUAGAAGCCAGCUAACGUGAAGCUAGGGCUAACGCCGUAGCCAAUUUGCCCAACCGAGGCAGGUAUUUUUAGUUGGAAGGAGAAAGAAACAACUAAAAGGAGCACACGCUUCAGAUGCUCGUAUUUCCUCCUGGAUAUUUCAAUGGUUUCUUUGCUUUGAAUCGGAAACCAUUCUGGACUCCUAGCUUGCUAGUUGGCUAACGUUAAUUCUCACGGACACGUUUCAUCAUUUAAAACACAAAACCGAAUGUUGUUUUUGUCAUGAGUCCGGCCGGGUGUUCUCAUGUGAACGGGUUUAAAGUGGAUAAUUGGAAGCAAAAUCUUCGAGUCAUUUAUCAAUGCUUUGUAUGGAGUGGGACUGCUGAAACGAGGAGACGCAAGGUGCUUCAGAAUGAUGCGGGAUGGACGACAUUGGCCAAGUCGUGUAUCUGUCACAUGUGUGGUGCGCACCUGAACCGGCUGCAUUCCUGUCUCUACUGCGUUUUCUUCGGUUGCUUCGCCAAGAAACACAUCCACGAGCAUGCCAAAAACAAACGACACAACCUAGCUAUAGACUUAUUAUACGGCGGCAUAUUCUGCUUCGUUUGUCAAGACUACAUAUAUGACAAAGACAUGGAACAGAUUGCCAAAGAGGAACAGAGGAAAGCCUGGAAAUUACAAGGUAUAGGAGAGAAGUACUCGACGUGGGAGCCCACGAAGAGAGAGCUGGAGUUGUUACGGCACAAUCCAAAGCGAAGGAAAAUCACGAGUAACUGCACCAUAGGUUUACGGGGCUUAAUAAACCUGGGCAACACGUGUUUCAUGAACUGCAUCGUGCAGGCGCUGACACACACCCCGCUGCUGCGAGACUUCUUCCUCUCAGACAGACACAAGUGCGAGAUGCAAUCAAACUCCUGCCUCGUGUGUGAGAUGUCCCAGCUCUUUCAGGAGUUCUACUCGGGGCACCGCUCCCCCCACAUUCCCUUCCGGCUGCUGCACCUGGUGUGGACUCACGCGCGCCACCUAGCGGGCUACGAGCAGCAGGACGCCCACGAGUUCCUCAUCGCCGCGCUGGACGUCCUGCACCGCCACUGCAAAGGUGACGACAACGGCAAGAAGGCCAACAAUCCAAACCACUGUAACUGCAUCAUUGACCAAAUCUUCACCGGCGGCCUGCAAUCGGACGUCACGUGCCAAGUCUGCCACGGCGUCUCCACGACGAUAGACCCGUUCUGGGACAUCAGUCUGGACCUGCCGGGCUCGUCCACUCCGUUCUGGCCGCUGAGCCCCGGCACCGACAGCAGCGCGCUCAACGGGGAGAGCCACCUGACCGGCUCCACCACCCUCACCGACUGCCUACGCAGGUUCACUCGGCCCGAGCACCUUGGAAGCAGUGCCAAAAUCAAGUGUGGCGGUUGCCAUAGUUACCAGGAGUCCACGAAACAGCUGACCAUGAAGAAACUGCCCAUUGUGGCAUGUUUCCACCUCAAGCGGUUUGAGCACUCAGCCAAGUUGCGGCGGAAGAUCACCACCUACGUCUCUUUUCCUCUUGAACUGGACAUGACACCGUUCAUGGCCUCCAGUAAAGAGAGUCGGAUGAAUGGCCAGUACCAACAGACCGUAGAUGUCUUAAAUAACGAUAAUAAGUACUCGUUGUUUGCGGUGGUGAACCACCAGGGCACACUGGAGAGCGGUCACUACACCAGCUUCAUCCGACAGCACAGGGACCAGUGGUUUAAGUGUGACGACGCCAUCAUCACCAAAGCCAGCAUCAAGGACGUGCUGGACAGCGAAGGGUAUUUGUUGUUUUACCAUAAGCAGUUCCUGGAAUAUGAGUAGCCUUACCUGCAUCUGCAUCCGCUGCUGGAGAGCCCACGAGCAGCCCCUAGCCACACGGCUCCCAGCGGCCCGUGAGACCCAUGCAAACACACACACACACCCACACACACCCACACACACACACCUCUCUACCUGAAAACUCAACUGACUACCCAUCUGCCCGAGCACCCGCCUAGCGAGGAGGAAGAGUGGGGCAGAAAAACAAACCAACAAACAAACAAACAUUCAAACGAGAAAAAAAAAAUAGACAAAAAAUGAAAUGAUGCAAACCGUUCAGCUGCACUGAGCACACUUGUACUUGACAACGGGGACGGCUUCGGACGAGCGAGACGACACGACGCGACGCGAGGAGGCAGAAGGGGAGGCGGGCGGCGCGAUGCGGCGAGGAGAGGAGGGACGCAGGAGCGGGCAGGACCCACAGGAGCCGUGGCUUUCCCUUCUUCCCUCCUCCGUGAUGAAGGGAUGCAUGGACAGAAGAGAGGAGAGGAGAGGAGAGGAGAAGGGCACAUCUCAACUUCAACUACAGUAUUGUCUGAUUUUUUGUACUGUUUAGUUCUGUUGUCUUUUUUUUGUUUUUGUUUUGGUUUUUUUUCCUCCAUGGUGCUCUUUUUCUGGUUGACUCAGC